GGAAGUUUCAGUUUCCCUGCACCGUGUGUUUCUACAAUGGGUUUUCUGUGAUCGAGGUUGAAUUGUUUGUGCUGUGAUGUCGUUGCUUUAUAUGGAUAAACUGAAGCGACUGUAUGAGCGCUAUCAGGAGUAUGUGAGGAAGAAUCCCGCGGCCACGGCUCAUCUCGAGAGCACAGUGCGUACGCUGAGUUACUUGAUCGCAGGUCGCUUCUCAGACUCUCAUGAACUCUCAGAGUUGGUGUAUUCAGCAUCCAACCUGCUUGUGCUUCUGAAUGAUGGCAUCUUACGGAAAAAUUUCUCUCGGACGUUGCCUGUGUCUCUCUCUAAGCUGAGGCUGUUAACCUGGUUGUCAGUUCUGGAGUAUGUGGAGGUUUUUACAGAGAUGGGGGCCAACAAGCUGUGGGGUGAGGCUGGACGCUGGCUCAUCAUUGUCCUUAUUCAGAUUGCCAAAGCGAUCCUGCGCUGUCUCCUGCUUUUCUGGUACAAAUCAGGCAUUCAGACAUCACCGCCUAUAAUUCCUCUGGAAAGGGAUUCACAGCUCUGUAAUGGAGAGAAGAACACAGAAGAGGAGGAGGACACAACUUUUGUAGGGCAGCGUUCAGGGAGAGUGGUACGACCACUUGGAAACGCACCAUCAUUACAGUCUCGUCUUUGGGGUCUCCCUCGUAAAAAUAAAAUAAGCAGGAACUGGGAAGAGGAGCUCCACUCAAGCCCCACCCCUCUGGGUCUGCAGGAAACAAUUGCAGAGUCCCUGUACAUUGCACGGCCUCUCGUUCAUUUGGCCAGUCUUGGGAUUUGUGUAAAACUUUCCUGGAAACCUUGGAUCAUCUCUGGCCUCUUAGAAAUAACCAGUUUCAGUUUGUUGAGCGACAUGAAGACAUUGAACCGCAGAGAGCGUGCUGAGAUGAGGAGACGUGCCUUCCUUCUCCUCUACUACCUGCUCCGCUCACCCUUUUAUGACCGAUACUCUGAGACAAAGAUCCUCUUCCUUCUGCGCUUCUUGGCAGAUUAUGUUCCUGGAGUCGGUUUGAUCGCACGUCCACUGAUGGACUAUUUGCCCAUUUGGCAGAAGAUCUAUUUUUAUAACUGGGGUUGACGUCAAAGUGAAACGUUCACAGGUCAACACAUCUAGACUGUUUGCAACAACUUGCUGGAUGCCUCAACUACACAAGGACUAAAAUCACACAUGUGCCAGAACAUUACAACCAUAAUCAAGGAGUUUUAUGGUUAAUAAGGAAGAGACACGGUGCUGGCGUCGUUUUAUGCAUUGAGACUUUUUCAGACACAUGUCAAAUGACUUAUAAGCCACACUGAAAACCCAAUCAUAUAUGCCUCAGUCAACAUGAAUGCCUUCCUUCUCAUCAAGAUGAUGAUAUCCAGGGAAUGGUUUUAAUGUACAGAAUAAUUGACUGGCUGAGAUGAAGUUAGUUAGACAGCUGUUUCUUCGUUUUAUUUUUGUUUUCCUUCAGUUUGUCUACAGAGUUUCUGCCACAGUUGGGAAAAUUAAUCUUUUAAAUAUAGAUGCUAUUCUAAUUAAAACUUUAUUAUCCACCAAGUAAAAAUGUUCCCCCAUGUUUUACAGGACUUAUGAGACUUCUAUCUAAACCAGCAUUAAAGGGUUAGUUCACCCAAAACUGAAAAUUCUCUCAUUAUUUACUCAUCCUCUUGAUAUCCCAGGUGUAUAUGACUUUCUUUCUUCACCAGAACACAUU